AUGCAAGGACAAAAGAAGGAGCAAGAGCAAGACCUAAAGAAUCCCAGCAAGCAAGAAGACAAAGACAAAGGCCGUCCACAAGAUCCACAGUCAGACACCAGAAGGCAAGAAGACCUAGACAAAGGCCGUCCACAAGACCCACAGUCAAACUCCAUCAGACAAGAAGACCUAGGCAAAGGCCGUCCAAAGGAUCCACAGUCUAUCACCAGCAAGCAAGAAGACCUGAACAAAGGCAGUCCACAAGAUCCACAGUCCAUCACCAGCAAGCAAGAAGACCUGAACAAAGACAGUCCACAAGACCCACAGUCCAUCACCAGUAGACAAGAAGACCUAGACAAAGGCCGUCUAAAGGAUCCACAGUCUAUCACCAGCAGACAAGAAGACCUAGACAAAGGCAGUCAACAAGAUCCACAGUCUAUCGCCAUCAGACAAGAAGACCUAGACAAAGGCAGUCCACAAGAUUCACAGUCCACCAGCAACAGACAAGAAGACCUAGACAAAGGCAGUCCACAAGAUCCACAGUCCACCAGCAACAGACAAGAAGACCUAGACAAAGGCCGUCCACAAGAUCCACAGUCCAUCACCAGUAGACAAGAAGACCUAGACAAAGGCCGUCUAAAGGAUCCACAGUCUAUCACCAGCAGACAAGAAGACCUAGACAAAGGCAGUCAACAAGAUCCACAGUCUAUCGCCAUCAGACAAGAAGACCUAGACAAAGGCAGUCCACAAGAUUCACAGUCCACCAGCAACAGACAAGAAGACCUAGACAAAGGCAGUCCACAAGAUCCACAGUCCACCAGCAACAGACAAGAAGACCUAGACAAAGGCCGUCCACAAGAUCCACAGUCCAUCACCAGUAGACAAGAAGACCUAGACAAAGGCCGUCCACAAGACCCACACUGUAGUGUGUCACAGCAAGACAAGGACAAUACACAAAGUGGUCAGUCAGUCCCAGAGGAACCUGACGACACAGCACCUCAGCAAGACACUGUCUCAGCAUCAGAAGAUACAAACGUUUUAGGAGGACUGCUGGUAAUCGGCUUGGGUUUGAUCAACCCUUGGCCCAAGACUCCAGACCCUGUGUACAAUAUUGUUCCAUCCUGGGAUUGA